GUGUAAAUACCACCAUCUGGCAUUAGAAACAGAUCCAGAUAUGUAAAAACUAUUUUUUUACCAACACAAUUCUAACUGAGUACCAAGAUGAUCCCAGUUUUAGUUUUGGCGGUAUCGCUUGUGGUCCAGACGACCUGGGGCGCCACCACGGUCCCCAUCACCAACCACUGGAAUGGAGGUUUCCAGGGCGAGGCUUGUAUCCCUAUCACGAAGGAGCUCAACGGCUGGAAGGCGCAUCUGUCCUUCAGCCAGAAUGUGGACAGCAUUGAGGUGUGGGCGGCCACGGCCACCAAGGUCAACCCGAGGGAGUACCUCCUGGUGAAUAAGGACUACAACUCCGUCGAACACGUCGGAGAUAAACUCUGCUUCACCUUCAUAGGACACACUUCCGGGGAUAUCGUGCCCGUGACGACCAUCUACAUCGAAGGUAUGGGCGGGCCCGGGGGUGCGACCGCUGCUCCGACCCACGCGCCGGCUGCUACGACCCACGCGACCGCCGUCACGUCACCGCCACAUACAGGAGGGGGCACUGCCACCAAGGACUACGGCGCUGCUCUGGGCAAGUCCAUUUUGUUCUACGACGCUCAAAGGUCAGGUAAACUUCCGGCUAACAACCCAAUCAGAUGGAGGGGAGACUCUGCCCUCCACGACUGUGUGGUGGGGGGCUGGUACGACGCUGGGGACCACGUCAAGUUUGGCCUCCCCAUGGCGUCGACGUCUACGCUCCUGCUGUGGUCACUGGUCAGGUUCAAGGACGGUUACACCAAGGCCGGUCAGUUGAACCAGGCCUACGACAUGAUCAAGUGGCCACUGGACUAUUUCCUCAAGGCUUGGAACCCAUCGACCAAGCAGCUGGUCGUACAGGUGGGGGACGGUAACGCUGACCACUCCUUCUGGGGACGUCCCGAAGACAUGACCAUGGCGAGACCUUGUCAAAGCGUCAGCGCUUCCCACAAGGGAAGUGACGUAGCAGCCGAGACAGCCGCGGCUCUGGCAGCUGGAUCUAUUGUGUUUAAAGCCAAAGGUGAUACAGCUUACAGUACCCAGCUCCUUACAGCUGCUGAAAGUCUGUAUGCUUUUGCUAAAGCCAACAGGGGCAUAUUUAGCGGAGCUGCCCAGUUCUACUCGUCCAGUGCGGACAAGGAUGAGAUGUGUGAGGCCAGUGCCUGGCUGUACCGGGCCACCAAGAACAACCAGUACCUGAACGAUGCCAAGACAUUCGUGGAGGAUGCCUGGGCGUGGGCGCUCAGUUGGGACGACAAGAAAGUCGCCUGCCAACUAAUCCUGUUCGAGGAGACACACACUGCCCACUACAAGGACGCCGUGGUUGGUUUCCUGGAAGCUUGGAUGCCCGGAGGUGGAAUCACAUACACUCCAUGUGGGUUGGCGUGGAGAGACAAAUGGGGCGCAAACAGGUAUGCCGGGAACACAGCCUUUGUGGCACUGCUGGCCUCAGAGGCCGGGAUCAACCCCGCCAAAUACCGGAAGUGGGCUGUCGAACAGAUCAACUACCUCCUCGGUGACAACCAUCACGACGGUGGAUGUUACAGUUUCCAGAUUGGAUAUGGAUCAAAGUAUCCACGUCAACCUCACCACAGGGGCGCGUCCUGCCCAGAUCGCCCCGCGCCCUGUGGUCAAGCACAGUUGAGCGCCCCAGGACCAAGCCCUCAGACAUUAACUGGCGCCCUUGUGGGAGGACCUGAAGCGAACGAUAACUACCAAGACGUAAGGACAGAUUACGUGUUGAACGAGGUAGCAACUGAUUAUAACUCUGGUUUCACUGGAGCUCUUGCAGGAAUCGCCCAUCUUCAAGCAACCAAUAACUUACCUGCAACCAAUAACAAAUGCCGUUGUACCGCGUCUGGAAAAUAAAGUAUAAAUACUUGUCAAUUUCGUCUUUGAAAAUUAAACAGUAAACGAUUCA